AUGCAGUCAUCACUUCAAAAGAUGAUUUCGACACAACCAAUUGUUACCCCUGAACCAAAAGGAUCAGAAAAUAGUGGUAAUUCCAACGAAGAUGUUCCCACCGUGUUUGAGAUAGCCUCAGAUAUUCAGCAAAAGUUACAGGACUUACUGCGGAAAGUGAAUGACGAUGAUGUACAAUUUAACAAAUUCGCCGAUUCAAUCAACGAUAGACUCAAGAAUUUAGAAGAGUGA